AGGAAUAGAUGUUUAUUUUGCCGACUGUUUAGUGAUUUUUUGAGUCAUUUUUUUUGUUUUGUAAAAUUUUUAGAAGAAAAAAAUGUUAGAAAAAUGUAGUAUUAUUUAUCUCGUUGUUUUGUUACUGCACAUUGCAGACGCUGAGAAUUUUUUUGAAUGUAAUCGGGGAUGUAAUGACGGUAAUGUUUGUCAUUACAUUAAACCAACCGAGCCGAAUCUAAAAAGAAAUUUUCCUGAACGAACUCUAAUCUUGCUUAAACGAGACGCAGUAGAGCGAAAAUUGGUUGGAAAAAUCAUCGAACGUUUCGAAAACAAAGGCCUCAAACUGGUCGGCAUGAAAAUGCAAUUGCCAACCAAAGAAAUGGUAAAGCAACAUUAUAUUGAACAUAAAGAUGAAUCGUUCUUCGAUGAUUUGAUCGAGUUCAUGACAUCGGCUCCGCUAAUUUCAAUGAUUUGGGAAGGUCCAAAUGUUAUUAAAAUAACCCGAAAUAUGCUUGGAGUACACGAUCCAAUUACUGCACUCUCAGGCACCAUUCGUGGUGAUUUUAGUACCAAUGUUCUCAACAACGUUGCUCAUGGUUCUGAUUCGAUCGAAGCAGCAAACAAAGAAAUGAACUUGUGGUUUCAAGCAAAUGAUAUUAUGUCAUGAAACAUCGAUAGCUGCAAAAAGUCAUGAACAGAUUAAAAUUAAAUUCAUACGUAGUUUUUAUUAGAUUGUACAGAUCGCAAUAUAAUAAUAAUAAUGAAAAUAAUACCAGUAAAUGAAUGUUCCGGUGCCAAGCACAAUCUAUCACUUGUAUAUCAUAUCCAACGCGCAAUCAAUUUUCGGAAUGACGUUUGGAUCGUUGAGUUUUAUGAUUUCAUCUGAUUUGCAGCUUGGAGUGGCCAUUUUCGAUUCCAAAUGAAUUGAGGAAAAAAGGGUAUGUUUUAGCUCCUCCAUCCGAUUCAACCAAUAUUGGAAUGAAUUUUCGAUGCUCCGCGCUAUAAAUUAAUAAAAACAAGUGUAGAAAAGUAAUUAAAUAUUAAUUAUUGUCUCUAAAGUAAUUAUUUGUAAUUUCCUUAUUUUACCUGUCUUCAACAAAUCAAACACAUACAGAAUAUUAUUUAUCACUUAUUAAAAGUCUU